AAGUGACUAAGGAAAUUCCUUGGGACGUCAAGGCCAUUCUUUUUCAACUCGUUCUCGGUAAGGUUUUGAGGAUUUUCCCCAGAGACCAAGUGAUCCUUCUCAUACAACCAGCACUCUCGAAACAAUGCCUAGUCUUUGCCCCAAUUGCAGCCAGACCAAAUACAACUGGGUCAGAUCAACGCCUUGUGGCAAAUGCGGCGCCCAAUAUGGAGGCUACUACCUCACUUCUACCGCUAAGGCGUGUACUGACUCCAAUUGCAAUCAUGGCGCCAAGAAGAACGAUCCCAACAGAGACUGCACUGCGUGCUAUGGAACGGGCAAGAAACUCACCCGCUGCGACAGAGCGGGUUGUGUCAAUGGUUACAUGCGGUAUACUUGCCUGGACUCAUUCCAUGACUAAGGGAGAAAGGAGUAACUAGCAGGAGCUACUCCUCACAUGGCAGCAAGCGUUGACGAAGAAAGCAUGAAUCAUUACGUGCCGGCAUCGUUUGUUCAUGUUGUUCUGGUUCCUGCAAGUUGUUGUUCGUCGUUGGCUUGGUCGCUUUGGUUUUGCCUAUUGUCUACAACGCCCCUAUAUGUACACCACGCUCGCUUGUUGCGCUGAUUUUGUAUCCUAUCGUUGUUUUUCAUUGAAGGGAAGGUGAAGGGCUGAAGGAGGGAAAGGUUGUGUAUUUUGAAAUCGG